AUGAUUAAGACAGUGCAGUUCGGACGGCUCCAGCUUACAGGCGAUGGAUAUAAUGCCAUGGAAACUGUAAGUCGCGAGCUUGCAAGGCUUUCAAAACAUAUGGCUGACAAAGUGAAGGCAUUGGGGAAGAGAUGGAUAUCUGCUGUUAUUACAGAAGGGCAAAAGCUGCUAUCCUGUGCGGAAUCUACUAAGGCAGAAUUAAUGAAGAGCCAGAAACCCAAAUGUCAGCUGUUCUUUAACCCCCUGGAGGUAUUGAAACUAGAUUCUCCAGCACGCUGUGAAAGACUGAGAAGUCUUGCCCUGAAUAAAAUGAUUUUGUGGGCAGCAGCAUUUGCUCCCAGUAAAAGCAUGUUUAACUUUGUUAUUAAAUUCCUGGAGCCUGGGAAUUCUAUACAGUGGCCUGCUUACAUCUGGGAAAUUUUAGAUACAUUGGCUCUGGAACAACCUCUUUGCCACUCAUCUGAUUUCAAAGAGUUUUUGACUGCUUUUCUUGUCCCACAUUCUAAGUUAGACAAACUCUUAAAGCUCCAUCCUUAA